GAGGAGGCGGAACAGCUGAUGGAGGCGGAGAGGAAGAGGAGGGCGGAGGUGGCGGCCGCGCUGGCAACAGCCAAAGGAAAAUGGACCCCGCUGGGUUUCCUCUACAGGAAGAUGGACACCAUGCUGGACAUCAGCAGGGAGCGCUUCCAGGGCACGGUGCUCAAAGCUCUGUCCAAGGACCCUCGCAAGGACAUCAAGUCGGCGCUGGUCAAAGUUAAAGAGGAGAAACUGGAUGAGGAGGAGCUGAAGAAGGAGGAGGAGGAGCCGAAGAAGGAGGAGGAGCCAAAGGAGGAGGAGGAGGAGCCAAAGAAGGAGGAGGAGCCGGAGAAGGAAGAUGAAGAGGGGAAGCAGGAUCUGAAAAAGGAAGAGGAGGUGAUGAAGAGCGAGGCGGUGCAGCAGGGAGGAGCACUGAUUGGCCGGCUAGUGACAACCAUCAAGGACGAGCAGAAGCAUCUUCCCUUCGGCCCGGAGGACAUGAUCAGCACGGCCACCAUGCUGGACGGAGACAAGGUGCGUUUCAACAUCGCCACCCACCAGGAGACCAAAGAGCAGCGAGCGACGUACGUGGAGAUCCUGCCCGACUCCUUCGAGGAGUCCACGGAGCAGCGGAGACACGGCCUCGUCAUCGAGCUCUCUCUGUCCACCGGCCUCAUCAAAUGCUCCCAGAAUCCUCAGCUCUACUUCCACAUGUGCGAGGUGAUCGAGAAGAAGCGGCUGGAGCUCAACGAGAAGGUGGAGUUCAGCGUGGUCCCGCACGAGACAGCGGAGGGGGGGCACCAGGCCAUCCGGAUCAAGCGCUUCACCGAGAAGGUUUUCCUCCCGACCCGGAAACUGUGCGCCAUCGGCGUAGCGAAGGGAAAGAUGACCAUCAAGCUGGCCAAAGCUUCAGAAGACGCUGAGAAAGAUAAACCAGAGACGGACAAGAUGAAAGCGGUGGUAAAAAACCUCCGAACGCAGGACAGCAAGACCAGGAAGGACUACGGUGCCUCGCGGCGAAGAUACGGCAGGAGCAGGAGUAAAAGCAGGAGUCCAAGCAGGAGUCGGGCUAGAAGCAGGAGUAAAAGCAGGAGUCCAAGCAGGAGUCGGGCCAAGAGUCCAGCUAGGAGUAGGGCUAGGAGCAGGAGUAAAAGCAGGAGUCCCGGUAAGAGUCGGGCCAGAAGCAGGAGUCCGGUUAGGAGUAGGGCUAAGAGCAGGAGUAAAAGCAAGAGUCCGCUCAGAGUCCAGUUCGGACGACUCAUCAAAAAGAGACGCAGCACCAGCGCCGAACGUAGAGGCAGCCGGUCGAGGAAAAGCCGGAGCCCGGAUCGAUCCAAACGAUGCUCCAAGAGCCGGAGCAGGAGCCGUGAAAGGGUCGAGGAGGUGAAGAAGAGGAGCAUCACCAGCAGAGAUGAAGCUCUGAAGAGGAGGAGGGAACCGAGUCCUCCCCCCCGACGAGGAGGAGUGGUGGACGACGAGCUGGCGAGGAAGAAGCGAGAGCUGGAUGAGCUGAACGACAUGAUCGCCUACAAGAAGUCUCUGGUGGACCUGGACCCCGGACAGAGGACCUGCAUAGACUACGACCACGGCAGGAUCUCCGUCCCGCUCUCAGAGUACAAACCGGUCCGGUCCAUCCUGAAGAGACGAGGAGAGGGGCCUGAGUACCCACUCCGUGCUCCUCACCCAUACGACGACCCGUACUACGACCGGAAGUACAGCGCUUAUCGCUACGGGGAACCCUACCCUGCAGGUUCCUACCCCGAACGUCCGUACGCCGAUCGUCCCAACAGUGACCCCCCUCGAGUCUAUGGCGAACCAGCCUAUGCUGGCCCUCCGUCUGCUGGCCCAAGCUACACCGACCGCUACGAUGUUUACGACGAACCCCACGGAGACCGCUACUACGACCCGGCCUACGCAGAGCGGCGGUACGAGGAUCCGUACCGGAGCCAGUCUCCAGAACGCCGAGAUCCCUCACCUGGUACUCAGUACGGACACCUUCCUGCUGCCUCCACCCAGCCUCCCUUGACGCAAACCCCUUCCACUUCUUCUUCCCAACACCCUUACAGACCUCCUUCUCCCUCAGUUCCGCCUCCCAGAAGCCCCUCUCCAAGACCACGUCCGGGACCCGCCGCGGCCCAGCAGCCGCUGGACCGAUUCCUCGACAUGCUCAAUAAGAAGGUGGAUGUUGUGAAGCAACCAGAACCGGUUCCUUUGACCGAUGACCUGCUGCCUCAUGAGAGGGCGCUUCAGGACGGCGGGGGUUUCUCUCGGAUCGUAGGACUUGCUCAAGAGCAACCUGGCACCAGUAUAGCUCUGGAUCAGAAGAAGACAAAUCCAAAACGCUCCUCAUUAGAGAGAACAAGUGAGGAAGUGAAGAACACUGCAGAACCCUACGACAAGAUCCAGAGUCUGCUGCGUUCGAUCGGCCUGAAGCUGAGCACCGGAGACAUGUCCAAACUGGCCAGCCGAGCCCAGGAGAAGAUCUACAGCCCCAGGUCCUCGUCCACAGAAAGAGACAUGCUGUCGUCCCCGAGGGAGGAACGGCAGCCGAGUAGAACAGGUUCCAUUGAAUCGGAUCACAUUCACUCCCCCUGCCCAGCCAGGUCCUCCAGUCUGCAGCCUAGCAGCCAAUCCAGAGCUGUCUCGGAGUACGAAGGGUUCCUGGACCAGAAGGAGCUGGAGGCUCUUCAGAAGGCCCAACAGCUGCAGACUCUUACCAAGACCAUGGGGAACAACAACUCCCCCACUCCCCCUGCCGGGCCUCCGCCGACCCACUUCCAACGCCCCCCCCGUACCAGUCAACUGGCCCCUUGGGAUCAUCACCCAGUUUCCCCCACAGAGCUUCAACCCCCCCAGCAUGGGAACUCCAUCUCCUCCUGCAGUUGACAUCCAGUCAUUCAGGCUUCCCUCUGGACCUCCUCCACGGCAUCCGGCACAUCUUCCUCCAGGACCGCCUCCUGGACCUCCACCACGGCGCCCUCUCGGACAACCUCCAUUCGCUCCACCCCCUGGUACUCCAGUCUUUCCCUUUAUUGGCCAGCCUCCCUCAGACCCCCCCCUUAUCUCCCCUGGUUCUGUGCCGCCCCCCACCGCCGCUGCAGAAUCAGCACCAACGUCCAGUCCUGCUGAUCCUAACCAGUCCACCAUCUCUACCACGGUGGCCCGGUGCCUGAAGGUCAUAGAGACUGUGAAAUCUCUGGCCGUGCAGCAGCCAGCCAAGCCGGUCAAAUCUGUGCAGUUUAGUUUACCGAGCGCUUCCUCGUCUCCGUCCAGCUCUCAGACCUCCACGGAGGACGACAUAAAGAACAAGCAGAAGGAGAAGCUGGAUUCGUAUAGCAAGAGGCUUUCGGAGAAGCGGGAUCAGCACUACAAGGACUGGCUCGCCCACAAGAAAGAGUGCACAGAACAGCGGCUUCUUGGUCAGAAACGCAGAGUUAUUGGUAAAAUGUUAAUAAGCUAACCUGGAUCUAACUAAAGUGUACAUAAGAUUAGCAAGUCUUAGUUUACCCCUGUGUUAGAGACAGGUCUAAUGUGAUGUUUGCUCCUCAGUCCGGCUUGUCUUUCUGGUACCGUAGACUCCCCCGAGGGAGCCAGGGAUUUAGCAUUUCCUUUAGUCUUUUUGAUAGAAGUCAAUAACAGAUUUUUUCUUGGAAAUGGCUUUUCUUGUGUAAAUUAUUCCUAGCAUCUCCCAUGCUCUCCCUGUAGCACCACCAGAAGCCUCAACCCCGUCUAUAAGUUACCUAGACCUUGUAGGGACUGUUACCAGGCGUGUUGGUGAAAGGUCCGUCCGGAAACUCUAGUCCUUAAAGGGGACCUAUCAUGCAAAAUGCACUUUUGUACGUCUUUUAUACAUGAAUAUGUGUCCCCGGUGUUCCAGGGAACUCACCAAGUGGCAGAAAACACAACCCUCUCUAUUUUCCUCCAUUCCCAAAUCUCUAAAAAAAGGGGCUGCAACGGAUCUGAUACAGACUGAUCCAGAUUUGAACACUUUA